ACGUGAAGAACUUGCUAUGAGAUUAGAUUUAAGUGAAGCACGUGUACAAGUUUGGUUUCAAAAUCGUCGUGCUAAAUGGCGUAAACGUGAAAAAGCUCUUGGUCGUGAAAGUCCUAAUUUUAUGGGUCCACAUGAUUUAGAAACAUUUCGUCAUCAAAUGUCAACUUAUUUAUCCAAUGCUUUAACAGGAAAUGUUGUUGGAACAAAUCCUAAUAAUGAACGUCCACAAAUUUCAGUACCUCCACCACAUUAUCUUCCAUUUUUAAUGGGUCAUAUUGAUGAAAAAGUUCUAACACGUUUACCAACAGCACCCACAGCAACUCCUUCAAAUCUUGGUUUACUCUAUCAUCAUCAUCCUCAUCAUCAUCAUCUGCCGAUACAAUCAUCUAAUAUAAAUAUAUCUUCAGCAUCACCAACAUCAUCAUCAUCAUCUAAUUCUUCAACAUCAGAUAUACAUGAACAAACAUCAUCUUAUUUAACAGCAUUUGAUCAUCAUAGACGUGUUAAAUUAGAGUUACAAGAUGCGACUGCUUAA